AAGUAAAGUACUCCCAACACCAAGAAUGGCAAAAUAUUAAAUAACUGUGAAGGAUUUCGGCGAAAUUAAUACAUUUUACUGUCCAACACAUGCCAUGAAAAACACAAAUAAUAAUAAUAAUAAUAAUAAUAAUAAUAAUAAAUAUUAUUUCCUGUUUUUCUUAUAUCUGUUACACGACCAAGACUUCUUUUAACCCAAAUUAGUCCUCCUAGUAAAUGACACGUAUACGGGUAUUUGGGACACUCUUAUUUAACCCUCCACUUAGAACAUGAUGAAGAAGUCGUCUACCUUUAUGUGGUUCUGACAAUCAUAACGCUAUCAGUACUUAAGACCACACCAAUAAUACCGCGAACCCGAAAGGGAGCAGAGGAGAUGCUGGGAAAGGGCCACCACCAGCACCACCAGCACCACCAGCAGCAGACCACCACCAGCACCACCACCAGCACCACCACCAGCACCACCACCAGCAGCAGCAGCAGACCACAACAAACUUUCCACAUCAGCGUAAACUCUAAAAGGGAAAAACAUCAGCUCAGCCUACUCAUUUUGAUGUUACUAGCCGCCAAACCGGCACAAACCUCUACACACGUGCGCAGGUGGAGUACUGAUGCAAUAAUUAGGAGGAAAAGGUCACUCACACACACACACACACACAUAAUUUUGUCUUGCUGUCGGUCCUGUUUGUGUACACACCGGAAGCUUCACUAAUCAAGUCCCUGUGUGUGUGAGCACUUGGUAAUGACGCUGAUUCUGAUUCUAAAACCUGGGUGAUGAUGGAACUUGAGAAUAUUCUGGAAUGACGCGACAGAGGAAGCCGCUGUAAAAAGAUGAAGAACAGAAACAUGAUGUUUAAUCGAGUUCAGUGCUACAAUGCGGAAUUUAAUGAGUUCAGCUCGCUCUCUGGCGGCAGAGCUUCCAGUGCGCCCCCUGCUGUAUGCGGCUGGAGCUGCAGUCACAGCCGCAGGGGUUUAUUAUUAUUUUAAGAAGCGUGAAGAUGGAGAGAGAACAGCGGAGCUCGCGGACACACCUCUCACCGAGGACCCAGUGCAGAUGGUGUGUGCAGAGUCUGCUUUGGUGGAGUCAGACUUGACGUCUGAUGUGGAUGGAGUCAGAGUCACACAGACUGACAGCACUGUCCCUGAGGUUUCUCCGAGGGAGGCUGAGGAGAAGAAUCAGAAGGACGAGGUGCCCAGUGCUCCGGUGGACAGCGAGAGGUCCAAACUGGAGGACAGAGUGAGGGAGUUGGAGGAACUGUGUGAGAUACUCAGAGAGUGUGAUAUAAAAACCAAGGAGUAUGAGCAGGAGCGAGAGGCUCACAGUUUCCUGAAGUCUCAGUACGAUCAGAUGAAGGAAACUUUAACACACAACGAGGAGUCAUUAAAGAACUUGCAGGUCUCUCUGGCUGAAGCUGAGAGGAAGUACAAGCAGGUGCUGGAGUCCAAUGCUCAGCUAGAGAAAGAGAACUUCCACCUGACAUCUGACUCGGACAAGCUGCAAGACUCCGUGCAGGAUUAUGUGGAAGCGCUCUGUGAGGCACACAAGAAGUGUCACAUGAUAACAAUGGACUGUGAGCAAGAGCGAGAGGCUCAUCGUAUCCUGAAAUCCGAGUAUGAAGAGAUGAGGGAAAAUUUAACACACGCCAAGGAGUCACUAAAUGACAUGCAGGUCUCUCUGGAUCUAGCUAAGAGGCAGCGUGAGCAGGUGAUGAACUGCAAUGCUCAGCUACAGAAAGAGAACUCCAGCCUGAUAUCUGACUCUGAAGUACUGCAAGACAGCAUGCACCAAUUGGAGGGAAAGCUCUGUAAGAACCAGCGCAGUCUUGCUAAGAUAACACGGGAUCAUCAGCGAGCAGAGGAGGCUUACAGCAUCCUGCAGUCACAGUACAAGGAGACAUUAAACCAGCGUGAUGAGUUACUGAAGGAGUGUGAACGUGAGCAGCAGGCUCGCAGUAUGCUGAUGUCACAGUACAGUCAGAUGAAGGAAAAUUUACGCUCCACAAGGAGUUGCUAAAGAAAAGCAUCUCAGAAUACACAACACGUCGAACCUUGAGGUGUAUGGGCUACAACAGCAGAAGACCACGUCGAGUUCCACUUCUGUCACCCAAGAACAGAAAGCUGAGGCUGCAGAGAGCACAGGCUCACCAGAACUGGACAGAUGAAGACUGGAAAUCGUAGCGUGGUCUGAAUCUUGAUUUCUGCUGAGGCACACAGUUGGUAGGGUCAGAAUAUGAUAUAAACAGCAUGAAAAAUGUCGUAACACACUGCUUUCAUGAACAUGAGAAUGAGUUCUAUGUUCUUCAGUGUUCUUCCCAGUCACCAGAUCUAAAUCCAGUAGAACACCUUUGGGAUGUAGAAGAAUAUGAUAUUCACAGCAUGAAAGUCCACCUGAAAAAUGUGCCGGAAUUGUGUGAUGAAAUCAUGACAACAUUGGCCAGAUUUUCAAAGGAAUGGUUCCAACAUCUUGUGUAAUCCAUCAAGAAUUGAUACUGUUUUGAGAGCAAAGGGGGGACCUACCCAGUGUUACUAUAGUGUUCCUAAUUUCAGUGCAUAAUCACAAUUCCGAAAAAUGGGACAGUGGUUAAGGUGAUGGACUACAAAUCCAUUGGGGUCUCCUCAUGCAGGUUUGAAUCUGGCUGACUAUGUCCAAAAUUCCUCUUGCAUAAGAGGAACUCUGGUUUGGGGUGUCUUUUACCCAAGUUUGUAUGACAAACAAUGGAGCAGUUCCAGGUCUGUUUCCUUAAAAAGCUGCUGCUCUCUUGGAGAAAUCUGGGUUGUUAAACAAUGCAGUGGCAUCUUUUAAAUCACUGCCCAUAGCUAUUUGAACAGUGAACCAAGUGCAUAGCUGCUUGUGUGGUCAACAUAAGACGUGGGCAUGCUGAAACAGGCAUUUUCCAAAGCACAGGUUUGAAUGCUGAAGAGAAGGUCUGAGCUUCUCUUUGUCAGUAGAUGGGUGCAAACUGGUCAUUGCAGCCGGUUCUCAGGUAUAUUUACAAGCACUGGCUUGAUUUUACAGCACUGCCCAUAGAUGGUUGUGCAGUGAACCAACUACUCUGCCUUGUUGUGUUGAUGAUGAAAAACCUGAGCAUGGUCUCUAACUGAAGCCAGACUUUAGUCCACACUGAUUCAGACAUUUUAUGUAGUCUUGACCAAGUGGUUAAGGAGAUGGAUUAGAAAUCCAUUAGAGUCUCCUUGCACUGCUUCAAAUCCUGCUGACUACAUCUGGAAUUUGACAAACUGUGAAGCAUUUCCUUAUCCAAGUAUGUUUCUUUAAACAACUGCUGCAAUCUCCAGGAGAUAUUUGGGUAAAAACAAUUAAGGGGUUUCUUUUACAUCACUGGCCAUAGAAAUUCGACCAGUUAUCCAGGUGCAUCUGCUACUCAUCUGGUCAAUAUAAGACCUGGUCAAGCAUGGUGGUGGCACUUUGAUGGUGUGGGGAUGCUUUGCUGCUUCAGGGCCUGGGCAAUAAUUGAAGAUAACAGGAAUUCUGCUCUCUAACAGAAAUCUCCAGUCUUCCCUAAACUGAAACACAAGCGCAACUGAAUUAUGCAGCAAAGCAAUGAUCCAAAGCGUAGGAGUAAAUCCACCUUUGAAUGGAGUGGUCUAGUCAAAGUCCUGACUUUAACCAUUUGAGAUGCAGUGGCAGGCCCUUAAACAGGCAGUUCAUGCUCGAAAACCCUCCAAUAUGACUGAACCGAAGCACCACCUUUGCAAAUGAGAGUGGGCCAAAGUUCCACCUGCUCCAUAUAUAAUAACCUAUUCAUAAGAAUUAAAAGCCAUUAUCUUAAUUGAGUUUUCAUUAAAAAAAAAUUGUCAGAAGUUGGAUUUGAACCUACAACUAGAUUUCAAGACCAGGAUCUUCCUUUAGGCAGGGGAAAAGUCUGAACAUUGAGUCUGGCGCCUUAGACCACUCUGCAUCCUGACACUACAGACAUGUCUUUUGUCCUAUUCCCCAGCUGCUUACAAACACAACAAUUAGACUUGCUGACCUGAAACCGAGGUAAAUACAUCACCUUAUACCUUCCUCUGACCUUAAUCUGUCCCAGCUUACUCUGGGGGACCCCAGGUAUUUUUAGACACUGUGAUGAUUUUGCCAUUGCUAUGGGGCGAUAGGUUUGCACUGCUUAGGCAAAAGGAAUGUGUACCCCUAAAGACCAGCACCACCUGCAAAUAUUUCAUUUGCAUAAUCGUGUAGAAUUUUUUUUUAAAUCUGCAAUUACCCGUAUGGAUCAACGUUUAUCAGCAUUUCACAGCAUUUAUCAGGAUUGCGUGAUUAUCAGUGGUAAUCUGCGUUUAUCGACAUUCAUCAGCAAUUGUCUGCGAUUAUCAGUAUUGACCAGAAAUUAUCAGCAAUUAUCAGCAGUUAUUGACAUUGAUAAGCAAUCUUGAUUUCUAACUUCUUACAUUCAUACAUAAGUAUACGUUCAUACAGUAUCCAGACAUAGCCUGACGUCUUCGGUCAAUGACGGCAGUAACGACGGUUGUCAGGGACUGAGAAGGGUGGAAUUCAAAUAAAAUACACCAGUUACAAUAAAGAAUCGCAAGUUUCACAAAAACAACAACAUAAAGUAGAUUAUGGAGUUCUGAAGCAGCAAAAUGAGUGGGUAUACUGAGGGUACACACCAAUAUUGAUUCUUAUUAUACUAAUAUUAUACACAAACAGCCCGGGGUAAAAGUAAGUGAACUCAGUAAAACACGAAGACUAAGCAAUGAACAAAGAAAAUGGAGAGUAUAAAUAAUCUAAUAAAUCGUGGUCAGGUGAAAACAAUAACUUGGGUUAACAGGCAAGUGGAAAAAAUGAAAAACACAAAUGCAGAAUGUCUCCACCUAGUGACCAAAGUCUAUAUAGCCCAGAAUCCUAACAAUACACAUCCUGAUAUGGAAUGAGGCUCAUGCACAGGAUCAUGACGAAGUCUUAGACAUGAUGUGAUUUUACAUCCCUGUAUGUGUGAUUCAGUUCUUAUUAAUCAAGUCUGUAAAUAAAGGUAUAGUACAGGAUUGUGUGAUCUUAUGCACUUAACAACCACACAAUUUUAUCUUUUAUAAUUAUUGUUCCUAGUUAAAGAGAUGAUGCUUAGUAAUUCAUACAUUACAUUUACAUUUACCCAUUUACCAGACACUUUUAUCCAAAUUGACUUACAACUGAGAAAAUACAAACAAAGCGAUAUAUCAAGCAGAGAACAAUACAAGUAGUGCUACCACACAAGAUUCCAGAAGAAGCAAAGUGCGCAGAGUAGAGGUGUAAAUGCCAAGAGUAUUUUUUAUUUAUUUAUUUUUUUAAUUUUUGUGUGUUGGUUAGGUGUUCAUGGAAGAGGUGGGUCUUUAGCUGUUUUUUUGAAGAUGGUGACAGAUUCUGCGGUCCGAAUUGAGGUUGGAAGUUCAUUCAACUGAGGAACAGUUAGUUUGAAUGUUCUUGAAAGGGACCUUGAGCUGCGCUGAGUAGGUACUACUAAGCGUCGGUCAUUGAUUGAUCGCAGAUUGUGUGAGAGAACGUAAGCCUUCAGGAGAGAGUUGAGGUACUCAGAGCUGUUCUCUUGGCAAAGGGAGGUAGCACAAAGUAUUGACUAAAAGGGUGCCAAUA